CACGUUGUCUCUUUUUCAGGUCAAAGUUAACUGUAUGCGGAAGUGGCAUGCAUGUAGUUGGGCUUUUUUCUGCAGUGUCUGGGGCUAUUCAAAAACUAGCACAAAUUAUUUGUGGAUUUUUCUUUUCUGUCGGGAGGCUAACUGAUGUUAGCUUCUCCCCCGGUCUGCUACAAUGACCACCAUUGUCCAUGAUACUAGAGAGGCAGUGUGCCUCUCCUCCGAGUACAACCUGUACCUCAAACCCAUUGCCAAAAUGACAGUCAGUGUGGCUUUGCCCCAGCUCAAGCUGCCAGGCAAGAGUAUCUCCAACUGGGAGGUAAUGGAGAGAGUAAAGGCCAUGGUAGCUCCGGAGCAGUUUUCAGCUUUGCGCAUCUCCAAGAGCACCAUGGACUUCAUCCGAUUUGAGGGUGAGGUGGAAAACAAGAGCUUGGUUAAGAUUCUGCUGGGCCGUCUUGAUGGGAAGACCAUCAAACUUAGUGGAUUUACUGAUGUACUGAAGGUUCGUGCAGUAGAGAAUAAGGUGGACUUCCCUACACGUCACGACUGGGAUUCCUUCUUCCGUGAUGCCAAGGAUAUGAAUGAGACUCUGCCGGGAGAGAGACCUGACACAAUCCACUUGGAGGGACUUCCUUGCCGCUGGUUCAGCCAGAAGGAUAGCCAGUUCCCAGAUCGGCCCUCUGAAGAGGUCCUCAUCGCUGUCUUCCAAACCUUUGGCAAGGUGCGAAAUGUUGACAUCCCCAUGCUGGACCCAUACCGAGAGGAGAUGCUGGACAAGAACUUCAACACAUUCAGUUUCGGGGGUCAUCUGAACUUCGAGGCUUAUGUGCAGUACCAGGAGUACUGCGGUUUCACCAAGGCUAUGGACACUCUGCGCAGCAUGAAGCUGAUGCUGAAAGGAGAGGAUGGAAAGGCAGUGGCCUGCAACAUCAAGGUGACCUUUGACACCAGCAAACACCUGAGUGAGUCAGCUAUGAAGAGGAGAAGUCUGGAGAGAAUGAAGUUACAGGAGCUGGAAAGGCAGAGAGAGGAGCAGAAACGACGGGAGAAGGAAGAGGAGGAGCGACGUAAGGAGGAGGAGAGGAAACAGAAGGAGCAGGAAGAGGAGGAGAAGGAGAGGAGGAAGGAAGAGAGGCAGAGAAAGCGAGAGCAGAAGUUGCGGGAGAGAGAGGAGAGGAGGAACCUGAAGAGGGUGAGACGACAGCAGGAAGAGGAGCAGAAGAAGCUGCAGAUGAGGAUUGCUAUGGAGGAGAGGAGGCUGCUCCUGGCGCAGCGCAACCUGGAAUCGAUCCGGCUCAUUGCUGAGCUGCUGGCCAGGGUAAAGGCCCAGAAGCAGCAGCAGCAGGAGAAAGAGAGGGCCGAACAGGAGGAACGGGAAAGGCAGGAGCAGUCUCGACAGAAGGAGGAACUGGCUCGUCUUCAGCAGCUGGAGGACUGCCGACGCAAGCAGGAAGAGGAGCUCCGUAGAGUGGAGCUGGAGAAGGAGCGUGCACUGGAGCUUCAGCGCCGAGAGAAGGAACUAAGGGAGAGACUGCUUUGCAACCUGUUGAAGAAGAGCAGUGAUAAGGCGGCGAGACCUCCAGGCAUGCAGGACCAGGCUUGCCUUUCAGCGUGUGAAGAGGCCUCUGAUCCCGGCGACAAUGAUGUGAUGAUGGGGGUCCUGGGCCGGGUGAAUGGACUGAAGGCAGUUGAAAGCAAAGAGAAGCAGUUAUCUAAAUCCAGUGCGCCCUCUCAGGCUUUGGGGAAAAACAGAGAAGGAGAAGAGAGGAGGGGAGGGGAGGACAGGAAGAAAGACCGGGAGGGAAGGAGAGAAGAGGUGGUGAGGAUCAGGCACGGCAGGGAACAAGCAAGGGACCGGGAUCGCUCCUACAGAGAGAGGAGCCCCUAUAGCCGUGGAAGGAGGCGCUCCCACAGCCACAGCAGAAGGAGAAGGAGCUCCAGCCGGCGCAGAAGGAGCUCCAGUCGUCAUAGCAGGAGCUGCAGUUACCACGGCAGGGGGAGGCGCAGCCACAGCCGCUGCAGCAGGAGCACGAGCUCGAGCUCGAGCUCAAGCCAGGAUAGGAGCCGGAGCAGCAGCGGGAGGAGUCAUAGCAGAGGAAAGAGCCACAGGCACAGUGGCCGCAGAGGCAGCUCCAGGAACAGCAAUAGAAGUAGAGACAGGAGGAGUCACAGCCAUUACAAUCGACGAUACAGGAGACACAGUGACAGUAGAGACAGGAGCCACUCGAGACGACGCUAAUCUCAUCAAUAUGAUCCAUUUAUUGAUUGAUUUUUUUUUUUUCCCCCCCUGUUCUGGGUUUACACCUAAAGUUCAGUGAGAUUCAUAAGAAUAAUGGAUCCAUUAAAUCCAUUAAAAGUAAAAUGAACUCUACAGUAUGAGCUGAAACCACAUGUAUGUGCAAGUGCAUCUUGUGCAUGUAAGGCAUGUGAGUUGUUGGAGUUGAUUUUAGAGAGUUGAUUUUACCUUUUUUAGGGCUGUUUUCUGGAAAUUGGCAUAACAGAAUUAAGUACAGUGGGGUUAUUUUAAUAGUGAUAAAGUUAGUUAUCCAUCCUGUAAUCAUUGAUACUCAUUAUAUUGGAAGUUGAGAACACUGGCACACAGUUAAAGACUAAUAUCAUAUAGACCUUCUGUAUUGGGUAGAUUGACACAGCGGUCUAACCCUACUGUCAAUCCAAAAUCUUGUUGAUGAUGUUUUUUUUUUUUUUUUUGUUUUUUUUUGUUUGUUUGUUUGUUUUUUUGCAAGCAGAUUGUCUUUGUGCAUGAGAAAGUGGCCAGGACAGAGCACAGAUUGUUUGUUAUUUUGAUGUGGCACCAGCCUGUUCAUCCACGCUUGUAGCCUGACUACAGAAAAUAAAAAGACACCAUCCUGCACCGACGUUUAAAUCAGCAUGAAGUUACGGCUGCCAUAGUGGUGGAAGACUUUUAAGUGGAUGACUGGACUAAAAUAAAUGACUGCUGUUCCAUUAUGAAUGUGAAAUUUCCACAGACUGUACGAUAUGCACCUCUGCAGUUAGAUCGGCCUGCAUUUCUUGAAUACCCCUUCAGUGUUGGCUGUGUUGUUCAUAAGCUGCUCAGAAAAAAACACAACUGAAUUCUACAGACUUGCCCUCGAGCGAAACCGAACUGCACCUCGGUGAUCACAGUUUCAGCUCCCAAAGACUGAUUUAUUUCACUUUUAUUUGAAUUUCUGAAUGUUUGCUAGAGUUUUGGGUUGAAGAAGAAGAGAGGAUUUGACGAGUGUGUGAGUUUUGUGAAGACUUGAACCAUUGUACGUUUUUCCUUGGUUGUAUACCAGUCUUGAAUUUAUUUUUUGAUGGGAUAAGAUUCAGUCAAUGUUAAGGAAACCAGCACAGUACCAAGUAAAAAUGGGAUAUUAGCAUCUAACUCCCGCUAUCACUUUCACAAUGUGAGGGCCACUUUCAUUUCUUUAGACUUUUUAGUAAAUUUAAAUUUAAGUCAACAGACUCAUCUCUUAGCUGUAGCUUGGGAGAAGUCAAGUCAAAUAGUUUUGCUGGCAGGGGCCACAUCACCAUCUUCACCUGUCAUGGCAAAAAGCCCUUUAGUUCAGUGUACUGUAUGCUCAUGAUCUGCUGGAGCAUGUCCUGCAAAAACACAUGGUUAAAAUAAAAAUCUAAAGCAGAAAA